GUAGUAUUUUCUUCCCUCUCUCCUUCUCUCUCUUCCCUUCCCUUUCGCCUCAGCCAACCAGGAGAAAGAGAGAGAGGGGAAGCCAUUGGAGUUGUCCUUGAAAGAACGCAGAAGGAGAGAGAGAGAGUCGUCUCCUCUUCUCAUGAUCGCAACAGGAAGAAGAGGAAGGAGAAAGAGGAAGGAGAAGAAGAAGGAGGAGAAGAUCUGACUGAUAAGCAGGCAGAGAGGACUAUACUCUCCCGCGCUUCCUUCGUUUUCCUCGAGGAACGAAGUAGAGAGGGCGGACGGAAGGGAAGAGGAGGUGGAGAAGAGAUGGGGGACGGAGGAGGCGGAUCCGACGCGAACGCGGGGGAAAGCGUGAAGCUCUUCGUCGGGCAGGUGCCGAAGAGCAUGACGGAGGCGCAGCUUCUCGCCAUGUUCAGGGAGGUCGCGCUCGUCGACGAGGUCAAUAUCAUCAAGGAUAAGCUCUCCAAGGCGUCGCGAGGGUGCUGCUUUGUCAUAUGUCCAUCAAGGCAAGAGGCAGACAAGGCUAUUAGUGCAUGUCAUAACAAGCGAACGCUUCCAGGGGCGGCCAGCCCAUUGCAAGUGAAAUAUGCUGAUGGGGAACUAGAAAGACUAGAACACAAACUUUUUGUUGGAAUGCUCCCAAAGACGGUUUCUGAAGCUGAAGUUUCUGAUCUGUUCUCAAAAUAUGGAAAUAUCCGAGAUCUACAAAUUCUAAGGGGUUCUCAACAGACAAGCAAAGGGUGUGCUUUCUUAAAAUAUGAAACAAAGGAUCAGGCAAUUUCAGCUAUAGAAGCUCUCAAUGGAAAGCACAGGAUGGAGGGUUCUACUGUGCCUUUAGUUGUUAAAUGGGCUGAUACUGAAAAAGAAAGGCAGGCCCGCAGAGCUCAAAAAGCUCAGAGCCAAUCUCCUAAUAUGCAAGUAUCCGAUUCAGCACAUCAAGCGUCUAUUUUUGGGGCCAUGCCUAUGGGUUUCAUUCCUCCUUAUAAUGGAUACAGUUAUCAGGCACCUGGAGCUUUUGGGCUUUUGCAAUAUCCCUUACCAGCAAUGCAAAAUCAACCUGGCUUUCAUAAUAUUGUUCCAGCCGUCAAUCAAGGAGCUGCAUUACGUGGUCUUCAGUAUCCUAUUGCAUAUCCUGGUGGUGUAAUUGGUCACACACCUUUAACCAGUGCACCUGGUUCAGUUUCCCCUGCACCAGUUAAUAAUUCUUCCUCUCCAAAUAUCAAAACAAGCUCCACACAAGUCGAAGGUCCCCCUGGAGCCAAUCUUUUUAUUUAUCACAUUCCUCAAGAAUUUGGUGAUCUGGAGCUUGAAAAUGCUUUUCAGGCAUUCGGUCGGGUACUGAGCACUAAAGUGUAUGUUGAUAAGACAACCGGUGCAAGCAAAUGCUUUGGAUUUGUUAGUUAUGAUUCACCAGCUGCUGCACAAUCUGCAAUCAAGAUGAUGAACGGCUUCCAAUUGAGUGGUAAGAAGUUGAAGGUACAGCUAAAGAGAGAUAACAAGCAAAGAUGAUGCACAAAACAACUUAAUAUUGAAAGAACAUGGAAGCAGAUUCCACAUUAUGUUCAGACUGCUGUCACUUUCACAUUCUCAGUUGUUAUGGGCUGACACAGAAGAUGAUAUAUGGUUCUCUAUGUUACUCCAGCGCAGUAUGCCAUGAAGGUGGGAACUGACAGUUCUUUACCGGGAUUGGCAUCUUUUUUGAAUACUAUAUUUUUUGUGCGACUCGCACCUGGAAGUUUGUAUUUGUAGACUGCGACCAAAUUAUUCCAUUCAAUUGAAUUCUUGGUUUUUUGUUCAUAGA